AUGGCAGAACCUUAUAAAGCACGUGUGCAACAAUUUUUUCAAGAUGGUUUAAAAUCAACGAAAAAUUUUUUAUCUGAACAUGUUGAUGCACGUUCACUUGUUGAACAAGCACAACGAAAUGUAAUAGAAUUAGCUCGUAAAGCUGAACAACGAUUACAAGAAGCUACAGGACGAAAAGAACAAAAUGGCAAAGACAUGGGAAACUUCAUUGAUUCUGGCCGUCCAUCAUCAAUCAAAUCACAACAGAACCACGAAUCUAAUAUAAAACCAAAUCGGAAUAUCGUCGGUUUACCAAAAAUAAGUACAUCAAAUCCAUCAUUUUUAGCACCAGUUGUUCUUCAACCAAUUAUUUCACCAUCCGGUUCACCAUCAACAACAUUAUCUGCAUCAAAUCGUCCAAAAUCAAAUCUCAAUAAUAUACUCAUAAGAUCUUCAUCAUCAUCAGGCGUUUCAAAUUCAUCAUCAUCAACAACUUCACCAGCUAUUUCGAAAUCAAUCAAUGAUAAUAGUCAUUUUCAAUAUAUUGCUAUAUUUGAUUAUGAUGCACGAACAAAAGAUGAUUUAACAAUAAGAAAAAGUGAUUUACUUGAUGUAACAAAUAAAAAAAAGCAUGGUUGGUGGAGAGCAAAAAAUGAACAUGGACAAGAAGGUUGGAUUCCAUCGAAUUAUGUUGCUAAACGAGAUAGUUUAGAAUCUGAACCAUGGUAUUUUAAAUCGAUACCUCGAAUUGAUGCUGAAAAACAGCUGAUGUCGGAUAGUAAUGAUCAUGGAAGUUUUCUUAUUCGAAAUAGUGAAACGAGACCAACCGAUUUUUCUUUAUCGAUUCGAGAUAAUGAUUCAAUAAAACAUUAUCGGAUAAAACAAACAGAAGAUGGUCGAUUUUAUAUAGCACGUCGUAUAGAAUUUCCUUCUCUACCAGAACUUGUUGAUCAUUAUUCCAAAACGCCAGAUGGUUUAUGUGUUAAAUUAAGAAAACCUUGUGUACAUACUGUUAAACCUGAACCAGAUGGUUUGUCACAUAAUCUUGUUGAUAAUUGGGAAAUUGAUCGUCGUGAAUUUAAAUUAAUUCGAAUUCUUGGUAGUGGACAAUUUGGUGAUGUUUGGGAAGGUAUAUGGAAUAAUCGUAUGCCUGUUGCAAUUAAAACACUCAAAUCAGGUUCAAUGAAUCCAACGGAUUUUUUAGCUGAAGCUUCAAUAAUGAAAAAACUGAAACAUCCAAACUUAAUUCAAUUAUAUGCUGUAUGUACAAUUGAAGAACCGAUUUAUAUUGUUACAGAAUUGAUGCAAAAUGGAAGUCUUCUUGAUUAUUUACAAAGUCGACAACUUAAAAUGUCAAUACUAAUUUAUAUUGCAACACAAAUUGCACGUGGAAUGGCUUAUUUAGAACAAGAGAAUUAUAUUCAUCGAGAUCUUGCUGCUCGAAAUGUUCUAGUCGGUGACAAUUUUACGGUUAAAAUAGCUGAUUUCGGCUUAGCAAGAAUUAUUAAGGAAUAUGCCGGAGGUACGUAUGAAGCAAAAGAAGGCACAAAAUUUCCCAUAAAAUGGACUGCACCUGAAGCUGCACUUUACAAUCGAUUUACCAUCAAAAGCGAUGUUUGGUCAUAUGGUAUAUUAUUAACAGAAUUAGUUACAUUUGGUCGUACACCCUAUCCAGGUAUGACUAAUGCUGAAGUACUACGAAGAGUUGAUCAAGGUUAUCGUUUACCUCAACCACCGAAUUGUCCACCAUCAUUAUAUGCAAUAAUGCUUGAAUGUUGGAAUGCUGAACCUGAACAUCGUCCAUCAUUUUUUGUAUUACAAUAUCGUCUUGAAAAUGAAUAUAUAGGCGAAAAUCCUGAAUUCAGCAAUUAG